UAGCCACUCAGCUGCCAGCCCUUGUUUCACUUACACACAUGCGCACACACACACACGGACUGUUUAGAGAUUGGACAGUAGCUAAUGGGAUGACAGCUAAUCCUCAGAGCUGAAGGCAGAGUAAUGGUCCCUCUCCCUUACACACACGCACAUGCACACAAUCUCGCAACACACACACUGAGAAAGAAAAAAAUCCCCAAAUUUACACUCGAGCCAAGUUCGCAUUGGGUCCGGUAAUGAGGAAAGAGACGGCGGAGAAGAUCAAGCUGAAGACAGGUGACGAGAGAGGAAAGCAGACUGUUUGAGGGUGUGAGGGCAGCUGGGAACAAGGAAGGUGAUUUUCUUAAGAUGUGAGGGAGGAAGAGUGGAUGAGCGGUGGAAAGAGAGCUGCCAUUUGGUUCUACCUGCUCUUUGGCAAGCCAGAGGCCAAAACGGGUCACGAGGUAUAAAGAUUUGUGCUGCUGCCAUGGCGAGGCGUGGCCGCCCCGCAUCUGAGAGCUACCAGUCAGUCUGCUAUUCAGGAAGCUCGUCGGUCUCUUUAUCCAGCGCAGCCGAGAUUGUCGGAUUGGACGAUGAGGACGAUCGGGCGCCCAUUUUCUCCCUCUCCAAGAGCUCCAUGGACAUGGUCAUGGUGUCCGGGCUGCCUUACAAGCGAGACCCGGCUUGGGCCAGAACGGACCUGAGACGCAGCUCCAGCACCAACACGCACUCCGAGCAGACUUCAGUGACGCUCCAACAGCUUCACCCUCAAAUGUGGCAGCACAUCAACACCACCAACAGCCACCAGUUACCACUAACGGCCCAGAACGUGGACAUGCACAGCCCUCCUGUCCUCAGUGAGCGCUGGAUUGCCAACAAGCAGCGCUGGAGCGGUUGUAGCGCCAGCACACACAGCCGCAGCAGCACUCCAGACACAAUCGUAUGGAAGGAGGGACACUCGCGCCCCUCCAGUCUUACCCAAAUGACCUCUUGGUCCGGAGCGCCGGACUCUCCCCCCGUGUUCAAACCAACCUCCUCGGCUGCCGCACAUUCUCCCUCACCCUUGAUCGCCCCCCUGCAGGCACCGACGUUGACUUCUUCUCCUUCUCUUCUCACACUGAACGCUCAACAGCCAAAAGAUGCACUCGAGACCCCGCAUUCCCCCUCUCCUCCUCAGUCACCGCCGCAGGCUUCAACCUCCUCGCCCUUGCCGUCAAACUCCCCCAAUCUCCAACACCUUACCGGCCCGAAGGACGAGGGAUUCCUGGAGAAUAACGUGCUUUCUUUUACGUUCCCUUCCCCGAUCCCUUCAUCUGUUAGCAUAGCAGAAGGGGACGCGACGUCAGAUGCUGGAUGCCUUGACGAUGUGAUAGAAGCGCCGCAAAGUCCCGGAAACGCACAGUUCUUGGAGAGGGGAGGAGGGAGAAGCCCGGUGCAAAUGUUAAGCGGUUCUUGUCUUUCUCUUUUCAGUCCUGGAGGCAUGCGGUUAUCAGAAAGUGGGGAAGUGAGAAGCCCGGUGCAACAUUUUGGCUACGUCAAGCCUGACUUUUGUCCCUCUCUAGAUAAACACGGUCCUGGAGACACACCGUUAUCAGAGAGCGGAGAAAUAAGAAGCCCAGUGCAAAUGUGUGGCUACCUGGAGCCACCUUCUCAGGCAGAGGGACAAGAAUCAGAAAGCAAACCUCCAGUGUGCUGUCUUCAGCUUCCAUGGCAGCCGGUUCAGAGCUUUUCAACAGGCAGAGAACGGAGGUCACCCCUGGUUUCUUCUCUGAGUGACUCGCGGUUGGGUGAAUGCUGCAGGUGCAACCUAAACAUGAGAGAGGGCCUCACAAAUGCUCCAAAGGGUGAAGUCUUCCGGGUGGGGGGUACGGCGACUUCAAAGCUGCAGCUGGUGGACGCAGCGGUGCAGACGAUCUCUCCAGUCGGCUCUUUUUGGGAUCUAAGGAGGAACACGUCUAACUCCAACAUGGACUCUCAUUCCCUCUUGGGUUCACCGCCUGGAUCCAGGCUCAACCUGAUCUCCUCAGUGGGAUCGAACUCUAAUCUGGUUUCCCCGUCUUCAAGCAUGUUUCCUGUGAGCAGCGAAGAGGAGGAGGAGAGGCAGGAGGAUGACCCGGCGUGGGAGAUCAACUCGCCGUCCUCACACAAUCCAGAGAGAAGAAGGUCAUGUCUGAAGAUGCAGGGCGAAAAGAGGGACAAGCUGCACAGGCGGAGCAGCAUGAAGCAGGUACAGUGGGAUGAAGAAGGGAUGACGUGGGACAUUCACGGGGCAGCUGUGGACCCGGAGGUGCUGAGCACAGCCAUACGGAAGCAUCUGGAACUCAAGAACAGCCCCCAACUCGCAAUAAAAUCAUCAAAGAAGAAAAAGAAAGCACCAAAGCCUCCUCUCAUAUCAAACGUAGUGAAGGACAUGACCCCAGAGCUCAAUCCGCCUGCAAUGAUCAUUUCAUCAGCUUGCAUGGUGGAGCCUGAGAGUGAGGACCUACCAGAGGCAGAAAAAGAGAGUCCGGUGGCAGAGAAAGGAGCAGGUGCAAAGGAGGAAACAGCAGAAGCUCCUCGUAGAAUAAGCAGAGCGGGGGCAGUUGAUGCCGAAGAAGAUGAGGAAGUGUACGGAGGGGAAGGCUCCGGCCAACCCAAGUCACCCUCGCACAGUAGCGGACAGAGCCGCAGGAGGAAUGUAAUCCGGUCACUGAGGCCCGGGUGGUGUGGAGGCUCCAGAAAGGCAGAUGACUGACCAUGCACAAGUGAUUUAGGGUUUUUACUUUCCAUAGCAGAUCAAAUCCUCAGUUUGCACUAAAGCAAAACCAAAAAAAAAAAAAAACUUUGCAAAGCUCAGAGACAGACAUCUUUAGCGCUGACCUCCAUUUGGUUUCAUCCUGCUGCUGUAAAGAUCUUUUUUUUUGUUUAGUAAAAAGGAACCAAUGCAAUGUUAGAAAAUGAUUUUCUACAACCAAGAGCCACUGUUUCGGAAAAAUGAUUUCCAAAUUCCAACUUCUGUUAUUUCUGUCUGAUUUCACACUCACAGCAAUGAGCUUAACCGGGUUAGUCUAGUUCCCAUUUUUAAGCCACAAAUUGGUAAUCAGCCAUUUAACCUUAUUUUCCAGGUCAUAAAUAACCUCAAAUAAUCAGUACUCUAUUCUGGCUGAGAAGUUGCUGUGGUAUUAGUUUGUCAAUCACAAGGCGGCCAAGCUUGAUUUUCUUUUUCUCUCUAAACGGGACCAUCAUUUACAAGAUGAACUACACGCCUGAAACUCAAGAGGAAAGUGUUUGUUGUGGUAUUCAAUUAAGAUUUCAUGUAAUUCUCUCAGACCUCUACGGCUGAGAGGCUAAAAGUGUCAAAAUCUGCAGUUCCUUAAAACAACCACUUGAGGCUAGCUCCAAAAGUGAGUAACUCCCCGUAGACCCCCGUGUUAAAAUAGCUCCAUUAAAGUUAAUAUUAAAAUGGAAUCAUGGAACAAAAACAUUUUUUUUUUUACAGAGAUUGUUUCAAACCUGCAUGACAAAUGUAAAUGGAGUUCAUUUUUAUAAAACACCGUUUUUAUGAUGUCAAAGUUUUAAGUUAUGUGUGUGCAUUUGCAGGGCCGGCUG